GGCUAACGGUCAGGCAUAUUUCGUAUCACAUUGUUGGGUAUGCCCACGCGGUAACACGGAUAGAGCUGUGUGACUUUGAUGAAAGUUCCUAAGCAACCAAUCACCUACCGCAAGGCAGUUGCCAUUUUUUUAUCAUCCUUAUGUGAAAGAGGCCAAGCGGCGGAGAGUUCAUUUGACGCGCAUGUGAGGGGGGUUUGACCUGCCAGGAUAAGCCCUUAUGCAGUGUGUUAACGUUGUGUACGUUUUACUGGCCCAGCGCAGCUACGUAGUUCUCCUCAUCCCUCGCUCGAUCGCGCGUAUACGCAGCUUGCACGGGUGCACAUAAAUACGUGCGUGUGUACACCCUUUUGUACACCAUUUUGUGUACCAUUUUGCCCCCCUUCCACCCAACAUGCAAGUCGAACGCAUGGAGGCCGAUUUCAUGGGCGCCCCGCUGAGGGAAGACCCGUACAACAUCAAGACGCCCAUUUCGGACGGCACGACCAUCAUAGGAAUCAUUUACGAGCAUGGAGUCAUGCUGGCGUGUGACACCAGGACGUCCUCCGGAACUCUCGUCAGCAACAAGUGCUCCAGAAAGAUAAACAGGAUUAACGAAAAUAUCUAUGCCUGUCGCAGUGGAGCCUCUGCACACAGUCAGAAGGUAAUCGAACUCAUUAAGCAUUUCUGCCUAUCGAUGAAAUGUGAAAAUAGAAAGAAAGGAAGGUUUCACGAGGACGAAGUGAUUACAGAUGACCUCGCGAAUGAGGAAGACAUCGACCUCAGUGCAAUUAACAACCCAUUCGGUUUAGCACAGAACAUGGAUCCCAAUUAUGUGACAAAGCAUAAAUACUUUUACGAAGAUAAAUUUAUGGAUUUCAAUCCGCUAGUUGAAAAUGUUGCUCACAUGACGAAGAAGCUACUGUAUGCGAAUAAUCAUUUUCUCUCAUGUGGCCUUAUCCUUGGAGGAUACGACAAAGAGAAGAAGCAGCAGCUGUAUUCGGUUAACCUGAAUGGAAGCAUCGUCCAACGGUUCGAUUACGCUGUAAGCGGUAGUGGCAGUGUGUACAUACAGUCCUACCUGCAGGACAAGUACAAGAAGAAUAUGAGCAAAAAGGAGUGCUUUGAGUUGAUCCUGGGGUGCGUCAAGUACGCCAUGUACAACGACAACAGCAGCGGGGGCAUCGUGCGCAUCGUCAACAUGACCAAGCUCUUCGUGGAGGAGUUCACCGUCACCAACACGCAGCUGCACUUCGAUUACUAG